AUCUUUAUCGUGGAGCUGGUACUCAAGCACGUGGCUGUGGGUUUCCUGCGCUACUGGACCGACCCGUGGGACAUCCUUGACGGUGUGGUGGUGGGCGUGUCGAUAGCGGAGUUCAUCCUGGUGGCCACGGGAGGAGGCAAGACCGGUACACAGAGCGUGCGGCUGGUACGCACACUGCGACCACUGCGACUGAUGCGCAGGUUGCGCGGCAUGCGUCGUGUGGUUGAGACUCUCAUUCGCAGCCUGCCCAACCUAUUCGAGGUGCUGCUGUUCGGUGUGUUCCAGUUUGGGCUGUUCGGCAUCCUGGGAGUGCAGCUGUUCUCAGGCAAGAUGUCGGUGUGCAGCCAGCCCGUCAUAAACGGCACACGGGUCAUGAACCGUGCGCAGGCGGGGGCCGAGGCGGUGAGGUGGUGGGGACCUCCUAUGCGCAACUUCGACCACCUGGGCUCGGCCUUGCUGACCCUGUUCACUGUGGUCACUCUGGACGGCUACAUGGAGGUUGCUCGCAGUUGCAUGGAUGCUGUGGGUGUGGACCAGGUGCCGCAGGAGAACCACGCCCCCUACAUGGGCCUAUAUGUGUUGGCGUUCAUUUUCCUGGGGUCGUUCUUCCUGGUGAACCUGCUGGUGUCAGUCAUUAUCGACCACUACGCGCGCAUUGUGGCGGAGGAGGGGGAUCUGCUGGUCAGCAAGCAGGUGUGUACGCCCCUGUGUGUGUUAUUUCCGCGGCGUGCUAGGUUAGGCAAUGUGGCCACGAAGGUGAAAAGGAAUUCUUUAGUAGCUGUAGAUAGUACGCUACACAUUUCGUCGAUGACUACACGCUAA